GUGGAAACUUGAAUGCUUUAUGCUCCACCGCCGACAUAGGGCCGCUCAACCUCCAUCCCGGGCUUCAUCACUGGCGAUUCAGAUUUUGUUAUACAGCGGCGCACCGCGACUCAUUCACGUAUACAUCAACGGGAGGAGAUCAUGGCUCCUAAGCGACGCAGUCCGUCUCCGACUCCUUCCAGCGCCACUUCGAGUCCCAAGAAGGGCAAGGCCGCCCCAGCUUCCUGGACUGAGCAAGACGACCAGCAUUUGCUUCUUGCCCUAUUGGUUUCGGAUGGCAACAUGCCAGUACUCAAUGAAGAGAAACGAGCUGCAAUGACGCUCGUUUCGAAGCGCAGCGAGGAAGCUGUCAAAGUGAGUCGUUGCGCAUCAGAAGCGGUGGCCGCUGUUUCUGGAGCAUUGCUGACAAAAGCUUGCGCCUGUUCGGGCAUCACCAGCACCGUUGGAAGAAAGUGCUUAGACCUGCUUUGCAGAAGGUCAUCGAUGAGAUCGGGAAUGCCAGCAAGAGUAAAGAGUAAAAACAACGAUGCAGUCUAGAAUCAAGACGGGCUCUCAAAUCGAGACUGUCGACUCACCAACAAGCUCGAAUCAAACGCCGAGGAUUGACGCUACCCAAGAUAGUCGCACAUCACAGGCGCUGUGUCAAGCAAGGCCAGACGACGAGAACAGCUGUGCAGCUUUUGUCCGUCUUCAAGCCUCUCGACUUGCAUGCUGGGAAGAUCAUCAGAUCGAAGAACUCAUCUCAAUGAAUGACUUUGAUGACA